CUUUUUUCUCAUAACCUCUGCUGAGAAAAACAUCAGGAAAAUACCACGUGGUAUUUGAUAACAAACUAAUAAACCAAAAGUUGAUAAUUAUUAUCAAUAAUUUGAAUUAUUAAAUUAAUGUGAAUAUAAAUUUAUAAUAAUCAGCAAUGACUCGUAUUAAAAAAACUCAUAAAAGUCACAAUACUGGCAGACAUCGAAGCAAACGUGCAAUCAAACGUUCCACAGAAGGCAAAGUUAACAAUGUAAAGACAUUGACAAAGAGGAACAAGUUGAUUGCGAACAAGGAUCAGCGUCGCAAUCAAUCGGUCCAGCAGCGUUUGAAAAAACGUGAGGAAAUGCUGAUGGAGAAACGUAAAUUCGGUGGUGAAUCUUCAGCUCCUAUUCUAAUAGCCGUUGUCCCACUUCAAGAUGAUGUCGAUCUCCAAACUUUAUUGCUGACUAUCAAUAGACUGGAAGAGACUAAUCAGGCUGUGGUCAAAGAAAACUCUCAGGGAAUUACUCAUAUCAGUAUUCCGAGGCUUAAGAAACGAUUCGCUCUCGUUGUUCCUUCAAAAAAUAACGUCUUAGAAGCAUUAGAUGUAAUGAAAGUCGCAUCAACAGUUCUUUUUAUCAUAAAGGACAAUAUUGACGAAUGGGGAGAAGAAAUUUUGAAAACUAGUAUCCCGCAAAAAUUACCUACGACCAUGGUCGUCUUUGCUGACAAGACUGAUUUUUCCAUGACGAAAAAUAAAACUAAAAAAUUGAGACAGCAGACAACAAAAUUAGUUGAAAAAUAUUUACCUGAUGUUAAAACACAUUCGCUAAAUAAUGCGAUGGAUGCCUAUAAUUUAUUGCGAGUUGUAGGAGAACAAGAACAACAAAGUAUAUUUUAUAGGAAACAUAGAGCGCAUCUUAUGGCUGAACAUAUUAACUAUUGUCCUGAAAAUGAUGAAAGCGGUACAUUAAAAAUAACUGGAUAUUUAAGAGGCGCAACGUUAUCAGUAAAUGGUCUCGUUCACGUCAUUGGGUUUGGAGACUUCCAAAUGUCUCAAAUAGACAUGCCGACUGAUCCUUAUAGUACGGGUACUAAAGGAAAUAUGGAAACGGAUGAAGUCAAAAUCUUAGAACGAGCUGACCCUGAGAAACAAGAAAGUUUGGAAGCUGAAAAUACCCCGGAUCCAAUGGACGCUGAGCAGACAUGGCCGACAGCCGAAGAACUAGAAGAAGCCAAGAGAGAGCAGAUGGAGAAAAAAAAUACAAAACGUGUACCUAAAGGUACAUCUAAUUAUCAGGCUGCUUGGAUUAUUGAAGAUGAAAACGACGAGGCUGGUGAUGGAGAUGAAAAUUAUGAAGACGAAGAUGAGGACGAAGUUGAAGGUGAAGGUGAAGGAGAGAUAAUGGCAGUAGACAAAGAUGACUGGGAUGGAGAUGCAAGUCAGGCUGAUGAAGAGUACGAGACUAUGACUGUGUCAGAAGCUCCGAUUGAUGAACAAAAGUAUGAUGAGGACAUGGAUCUUAUGGAGGAGAGACAAGCGAUGGUUAGAUUCAAAGAAGCAAAAGAAGACGCGCAGUUCCCAGAUGAAGUUGAUACCCCUCAGGAUAUUCCUGCCCGGGAACGUUUUCAAAAAUACCGCGGACUUGAAUCAUUUCGCACAAGUCCUUGGGAUCCUAAAGAAGAUUUACCCUUUGACUUUGGUCGCAUAUUUCAGUUCAAAAAUUUCCAGCGUUCGACCAAACUUGUGUUCAAGGAAAACGAAGUUCUUAUUGGAGCUGAGCCUGGGUCUUACAUUACGAUACACGUGAAAGACGUACCCAAGAAACUGUACGAUGCUUAUUCCACCGACGGUCAAAGACAAUUGAUCGUGUUCGGAUUAUUACCGAACGAGCAUAAAAUGAGUUUGCUGAAUGUCGUAUUAAAAAGAACUAAUGACCCAGAAGCUCAACCUAUUGCUUCUAAAGAGAAACUUAUUUUCCAAUGUGGGUUCAGAAGAUUCGUCGCGGCUCCGAUAUUUAGCGAGCACACUUACACCCCCAAGCACAAGUAUCUCAGAUUUUUCCAACCAGGAGAGACCGCAGUCGCGAGUAUGUUCGCUCCAAUUACGUUCCCUCAGUGUCCUGUCUUAUGUUUCCAGCAAAAGAAAAAUGAACUGCCUAAACUUAUCGCUACUGGCAGCGUUUUAUCAGCAAAUCCUGAUAGACUGGUAAUAAAACGCGCUGUCCUCAGUGGUCAUCCAUUCAAAGUCUUCAAGCGAUCAGCAGUAAUCAGAUUUAUGUUUUACAAUCGUGAAGACAUCGAUUGGUUCAAACCAGUCAAGCUACGUACGAAAUACGGACGUCGUGGUCACAUCAAAGAACCUCUGGGAACUCAUGGACAUAUGAAAUGUGUAUUCGAUGGUCAGUUAAAGUCACAGGAUACUAUUCUUAUGAAUUUAUUCAAGCGCGUCUACCCCAAGUGGACAUACGAGCCCUGUUUAUAUUCAGCCCAUGAUUAAAUUAUGAGUCAAUGCAGCCGACAGCAGUUUUUAAAUAAAUAAAAAUUUUAAAAUGCGUAUUCAAAUGAUUGAGAAGUCCGCGCAUUUUUUUAAAUUUUUUAAAUUGUCAUCUGCUACAUUUACUCUCAUGAUUAAAUUUAUGUUUAUAAUUUUGAUAAAUUAUAUUGAUAUUGUAUAAUAUUAAGUAAAUAAAUACUAAUUAAUUAAAAUA